UAUUCCUUCCAAUCAUUCGGUUCAUUCCGGUGACAGAAACGAAGCGCGGAGUACAGAUAGUUUGAAUCGUUUGAACCUUAUUCUAAUAACAUUCCAAAAUAAUGGCUAAAGAUAACCUAAGUGCUGUGCUCUACGGCAUCGACGAUAUGAGGCUGGAACAAAGACCUAUUCCGAAACCGAAGGAUAAUGAGGUACUUCUUAAGAUGGAAGUGGUGGGAAUUUGUGGAUCAGACGUUCACUACCUCACCAAGGGAAGAAUUGGACCUUUCGUGGUGGAAAAACCGAUGGUCAUUGGUCACGAAGCUUCUGGACAAGUGGUUGAAGUUGGGAAAAAUGUUGACUGUUUAAAGCCAGGAGAUAGAGUAGCUAUUGAACCUGGAGUACCAUGCCGCAAGUGUACAUACUGCAAAGAAGGAAGGUAUCACUUGUGUCCAAAGAUAUUCUUCUGUGCCACCCCUCCAGACGAUGGCAAUUUAUCCAGAUAUUAUUGUCACGCAGCAGACUUUUGUCACAAAUUGCCUGACAACAUGUCGUUUGAAGAGGGUGCUCUGAUGGAACCAUUAUCAGUUGGUGUCCACGCAUGUAGGAGAGCAAAUGUUUCUGUGGGAUCAACUGUGUUGAUUCUUGGUGCAGGUCCAAUAGGCCUUGUAACUCUGCUCGCAGCCAAAGCUUUUGGAGCAUCUAAAGUGUUGAUAACAGAUUUGGUCGACAUCCGUUUGAAGAAAGCCAAGGAAAUGGGAGCCGAUCAUGUUUUCAAAAUCGAGAAGGAUAUGACAGAAGAUAGUAUUGUGAAGGUUAUCAAGGAUACAAUGGGCGAGGCACCUGUAAUCAGUUUAGAUUGUACGGGGGUUGAAUUGUGUGUGAGAGUUGCUUUGAAGGCAACAAAAACUGGAGGAACAGUUGUUCUUGUGGGAAUGGGCAAAGACGAACAGACAGUUCCACUGACUUCUGCCCUUAUUCAAGAAAUUGAUAUCAAAGGAGUCUUCAGAUAUUGCAAUGACUACCCAUUAUCCAUCGAAAUGGUCAAGACUGGAAAAAUAAAUGUAAAGCCACUGAUUACUCAUCAGUUCAAGAUGGAAGAAACGUCAAAAGCAUUCCAAACCGCUAUUAGUGGGGAAGGAAAUCCAAUCAAGAUUUUGAUCUACCCAAACAAGACUGAUGCGCCCACUAAAUAUUAUUAAGAAAGAAAUACUAUGUACUCCUGAUUGAUUUAUUAAGAAAGAAAUAUUUUCAAUUUUAUAAUAUAUAAUAAUUAUAAAUAUAAUUAAUUAUAUAAUUUUACUGAAUACUUCAAUCAAUGAUGGGGUUAAAUAUAUAGUCAAUAAUACUCGAUGCUACCACUAAGAUAUAAGGUAUCAAAAAUGUAAAUAUUUCUCCAUGUGCGGGCUAACGAAUGCUAAAAAUAAACGUUAUGCUAUUUU